AGUUAUUUCCUUCUGUCCUAUUUCUCGUCUACAGUCAUGUGACCACUGGGACGUGACAGGUCCUUUAGCUGGAAGGGAACACGUUAUUGUCUCAAACCGCAGAUUCAGGAAGGAACCAAUGGAGUUUGAUGAAGUUGCAGUUUAUUUCACGGAGGAGGAGUGGGGCUGUUUAACUGAAGAACAAAAAGAGCUUUAUAAGGAUGUGAUGAUGGACAAUUACCAGACCCUCAGGUCUCUAGGAUAUGUCCCUGAGAAACCUUUACUUGUUACACAGAUUGCGAUUUAUGUCCCUACAGGAUAUGUCCCUGAGAGACCUUUACUUGUUAGACAGAUUGAGCACAGAGAGGAGCCAUACGUGAGCAGUUUUCCUAUUACCAGAGACGCAGAAAACACUGAUGUAGUGAAAGUUGAGAUAACAGAAGAUCUGUUUACGUGUGAUCAGGUGAAGACUGAGGAGGAUGAAGUUCCUAUAACUACCUCUACAGGUGAAUUCAUAAACUGCAAUGAUCCUAGCCAUUAUAAUCAGAGUGCAGAAGCUUCUUUAAAUCUUCUUCAAAAUCAAAGAAGCCAAGUUGGAAAUAUAUUUUCUGAAUGUGGGAAAUGUUAUAUUCAGAAAUCACAACUUAUUAGUCACCAGAAAAAUCAUACAAGAGAAAAAGCAUUUCCAUGUUCUGAAUGUGGGAAAUGUUUUAACCAGAAAUCAGAUCUCUAUAGAGAUUUGAAAAGUCACACAGGAGAGAAACCAUUUUCAUGUCCUGACUGGGGGAAACGUUUUAAUAGUAAAAAAAGUCUUAAGAAGCAUCAGAAAAUUCAUACAGGGGAGAAAGCAUUUUCAUGUCCUGACUGUGGGAAACGUUUUAGUCAUAAAAAAAAUAUUAAGAAGCAUCAGAUAAUUCAUACAGGGGAGAAAUCAUUUUCAUGUUCUGACUGUAGGAAAUGUUUUAGUUGUAAAAGAAAGCUUAUUACACAUCUGCAAACUCAUACAGGGGAGAAAACAUUUUCAUGUUCUGACUGUGGGAAAGGUUUUAAUCGGAAAUCAACUCUAACUAAUCAUCAGAAGAUUCAUACAGGAGAGAAAGCCUUUGCAUGUACUGACUGUGGGAAAUGUUUUACUCGGAAAUCAACUCUUAUUAUGCAUCAGAACAUUCAUAUAGGGGAAAAAGGAUUUUCAUGUUCUGACUGUGGGAAAUGUUUUAAUCGGAAAUCAACACUUACUAAUCAUCAGAAGAUUCAUACAGGAGAGAAAGCCUUUGCCUGUUCUGACUGUGGGAAAUGUUUUAAUCAGAAAUCAAAUCUUAUUAUGCAUCAGAAAAUUCAUAUAGGGGAGAAAGGAUUUUCUUGUUCUGACUGUGGGAAAUGUUUCACUUGGAAAUCAACUCUUACUAAUCAUCAGAAGAUUCAUACAGGAGAAAAAGCCUUUGCAUGUACUGACUGUGGGAAAUGUUUUACUCGGAAAUCAACUCUUAUUGGCCACCAGAAGAUUCAUACAGGAGAGAAAGCAUAUGCAUGUACUGACUGUGGGAAAUGUUUUACUCUGAGAUCGACUCUUAUUAAGCACCAGAAAACUCAUAAUAAAGGAAAUCCUGGAAUUGUCACCCACACAAUACCUAGUGCGGAUGAUGACUACAUGUGAUCCCCUGGGGUGCGCAGAUUUGGAGCUUUUUAAUACCCCUUCUGCACCUCAAGCAUUUACAAGGGUUCCUAUAUAGGUUUUAAUAGCCAAGUGAUCACCUGGAGCCCCUUUGUAUUGAAGUUAUAAAUAUAACAAAAAGCUCUUAUUUAUAUGAUGAAAUUUAGGUAAUGUUGAUGGCAUUAUAGUUAGGUGAUCACUGAGGUGACAGUGUUUUUCUAGCUGGAAUUUAAAUUGACCAGGUGAAUAGGUUUACAGGGUGAGGUCCUACAUAAAUACAAGAGGGCUCCAAAAGCACUUGUCUGGAAUAGGAUAUCCCUCUAGCUACAUAAAAUGCAUUGUGGUAAAAAAAAUUGUUCAAUUGCUAAUUUCUAUAGAAAAGCAUUGUUUUAUUUUCCAGCAACCUUGUUUAUUAAAAUUGUAAUAAAAUAUGCAUUUCCCCUUU